CCCAAAUUUUGAGUGCACCUUACCUAAAUAAUCCAACUUAAGUUCAACACACAUCACUCCAGCGUUUCUAAAUCCGUGUCAAUUUAUCUAAACAGGUACUUUUACAUGAUGUACAGCCAGUAAGAGAUAGAAAAGUUUCGAGAUAUUUCAUUUAAAUGUAGGAAUUUUCAAAGCUAACUUCAGAUUACUGUUUCUCCCCUUUCAGAACAAACUUCUGUGAAAUAUCUUUUUCAACACAACUGUACGUAUCUAUCAAACUAAUUAGUAAAUAUCACCACUAUAACUAACUGUUAAAUAGUAUUAUGGAUGUGCAGUUGUGUGAUACUUCAUUUACUGAUGAGGUAAAUAAAGGUGUUACAAACUGUUUGGGAGGUACAAAUGCGGAAGAUUUUGAUCAAGAGGUUUCAAAUGUGAACUCAAACACAAAUGUGCGUACUGGUAUGGAGUUCAAGGGGAAGCGCUCCGUCAUAAAAGAGAGGCGUUUUGUGAUAAACGAUAUGGUUGAAACAGUUGAUUUUGGUUUACUUCCUGAGGGUUGGCUUCAACUACGUCAUAUUUCUGGACUUAAUGUAUAUCUGCACAGAUCUAGCCGAGUGGUGACACUUUCCAGACCAUACUCUAUCGGACCAAGUAGUGUACGUCAUCAUCGGAUUCCAGUAUCGGCUAUUCCAUGUUUAGCUUAUCGUAAAGCUAGUGGACAAACUUUCCACCCAACUGAAUCUCAAAAGGUUCAUUCACAAUCAACUAAUCUAGAUAAUGAGUUAAAUAAUAAAACGGUAUGUUGUCCAUAUGAAAAAUCGUCAAUGAAUGUUCCAUCUGAAGAUAUACAAACAGUUCAAAAGUUAGAACCAUCUAAUGAAUCGUUAGAAAAUGGAAUGUCGGUGAUAAACAAAUAUGAAGAUAAGCUACCGAUUUCUACUGAAACACUAACUACUAGUGUUUCAGUGUCACUCAGCAAUAGUAGAAAUGACUCGUGUUCAUUACUUGAAAAUACUAAUCAUCAUCCUCAUGAUAUUGAUAUGGUGAAAAGAAAAACUUCUGAAAAAGAAGAAGGUGAAUUAUCUUCUGGUGACGAUGAAAAAGAGAAUUCAUUCGAGGAUGAUAGUCAAGCUAAAAAACCAAGAAUGAAUAAUGAUGACGAUGUUGGUGGAGGUUCAGUCAAUUGUUCAUCCAAUGAAAUAUCAUCUUCACAAAACUCGCUGCCUAAAGUAGUUGACGAAACAACAUCAACAACAACAACAACCACUUGUAAUAAAUUUGUGUAUAACAAAUCAACUCAUUUCGGAAAUAGAUAUCGUAAGUUUAGACGUGGUAAUCUUCUAGUCAAAAGAUCUUGUCCGGUAAUAACAUCAAAUAUUCAAUUAUCUGAAUCUGAUUGUAUAUCCAACAUGCCUACAAAUAAACAAAAUGAGACAUCUGAAACUCAAGAAAUUGUUGCUGUUAAAACUCAGGUAUUCUCUAUCAAAGACAAAGAAAAAGAAUCCCUUUUAACACCUGACGAUAUCCGUGAAUAUUGUGGACGUCUUUUUGAAAUCAGAGUAGAAGAUGCAGUAUUUCAAAGAAAUCGUGAAAAUCAUUGUUCAACAGAUCCUACUACUAAAGAAUCAGAAGACACUCAGAAACCAUUAUUGAUGAUGUCAGAACAGGCGAAAGUUAUUCGAUAUCAAAUACCGUCGGCUGAUGGAAACGUUUCGCGAAAGCAACCUAAAGAGGGUAUGAUCAAUAUGACUGGUAAAUCAUAUGUAUGCAUUCUUCAUGAAUAUUGUCAAAAUGUUAUACGUCGUCCACCGACAUAUCAGACAACAGUUCUUGAAAAUGAUAAAAAUCCCUAUCAAAUGACUGUGUUUAUUAAUGGUAAUCCAUAUGGAACUGGUACAGGACAAAGUAAAAAGUGUGCAAGAUUAGAAGCGGCUCGUAAAGCACUGGAAGUUUUAAUUCCUGACUUUCAAAAGAUUGUUUGUAACAAUUCACAUCAAACAGGUCCAGUGGUUGCCUCUGAUCGUGAUAUGCAAUUGUUCGAUUCCGUUUCAGUAACUGAUCCACGUUUGUAUGAAUUAUCUGUACGUAUGGCAUUACCUACUCCAUAUAAUUUACUUGUUGAAUGUUUAAGUCGAAGUUGUGUUCCAGAGUCUGAUUUAAAAUCAAAUAUGAUAUCUCAAGGACGCAGUAAACAUUUUUUCACUUUACAGUUGAGAGAACAUACUGUUAAGGUUAGAUGUAAAAACAAAAGAGAAGGUCGUCAUUUAUCUGCUCAACAUCUUUUAGCUCGUCUUCAUCCUGAAGUGAAUACCUGGAGUGGUCUUUUGCGUAUGUAUGGUCCAGGCAGUAAACCAGACAAACGAAAUGAACUAGAAACAAUACAAGAUGCACAAAUUCAACAAAAAUCUGCUGUAAAAGCUAGUUUAAUUCGUUUACUGAAAGCUAAAAUGAGUGAAUUAGCUGACCAAUGGGUAAAUAAUUGGUUUGUAUAA